GGCGGGGAGAAAUGUGGCAUCUGCUCUCUAAAAAAAGUAGAGGAGAAAUGUUUGCUGUGUUUACUGUUCAGAUCGCUGUCAUGUUUGAAUGAGUCUUACUCUUGUAAUUGAAAGAGCAUUCAUUUAUAUUUGUAGGCUAUUAUAUUUAAACAACUAAAAACUGUAGGCUAUAUUAAGGUAACUUAUUUUAAUUGGUUUAUUUUGUUAUUGACCAAGAAUCCAGGUGAAAGUGUGAAGAGGAUUUUUUUCCCCCCAUGAUGAUGAAUCAGUUUAGUGUUGUUAUGGUGAUUUGGGGUUUGCAUCAUCUCUACGUUGCCCAUGGCCAGGACUGCGCGUCGAGGCAGGAGCUGCAGAGCUCUCUGCACCAGGUGGAGAAGUUGCUGUCAGCCCAGGAGGCCUCCUACCAGCAGAGCCUUCGCUCCCUGAGGAAGAGACUGAAUGCCCUAAUGAACAGCAGUACCGUCAAACACACCACCAAGGCGCACAACGCCACCUGUCCUAAGCCUGAGAGUCUGGCUUACGGCAGGAGACUGGGGAGGGUGUUUGGUGUGGGCCACGAGGUGCACUUUGUGUGUAAGGCAGGUUAUGAGCUGCUAGGGCCCCAGACCAGAGUGUGUCUGGCGUCUCUGAAGUGGAGCGGCCAGCAGCCCACAUGCAGGGUCUUAAACACUGUGAGCAACAUCCCCGCCGCCCUUCCCACGCCGUCCUACUUCUCCUCCUCCUCCCCCUCCCCCUCAUCCUCCUCCAUCUCUACGUCCUCUGCCCCCCUCUCGGCCUUCGUUCGUCCAUCCCGCUGCACCCAGUUCCAGGGCUCCUCCCACUGCAUCUGUGAUGCAGGCUUCACCAUAAGCGGCCGCGACAGCGACAUCUGCACAGACAUGGAUGAGUGUCAGCUGUUUCCGCUGGCACAGCCUGGGCGCCUGUGUAUGCACACCUGUAUCAACACCCCUGGCAGCUACCACUGUGUGUGCCCUAGCGGCUACAACCUGGCCAGAGACAACCGCAGCUGCAAAGAUAUUGACGAGUGUGAGAGCAGACUUCACAACUGCACCCUGGACCAGGUGUGUGUGAAUACGUACGGGGGGUUCCAGUGUGUGCAAGUGGAGUGUCCUCGCAUCACAAACGCCACGUACAUCAAGACCUCUCCCAUGCGGUGUGAGAGGAACCCGUGUGUGGUGGGGGACAAGGCCUGCACCCAGGCUCCCAACUCCGUCUCCUUCCACUUCAUGCCCGUGGUCUCCAACAUGUCCACACCAAGGGUGCUCUUCCGGGUGUCUGCGGCCCGUGUGCUGGGUGACACGCUGCGCUUCGGCCUGCUGGGGAGUCGCGGCCGCAGCCACUUUAGCAUGCAGCGCUCUGGCAGGCAGACGGGCACCCUGCUCCUGGUGAGCCCUCUGCAGGGCCCAGCUACACUGGAGGCAGAGGUAGAGAUGAGCGAGCUGGAGAGACAAGCCCUGCUGGGACGCUACCUCACCAAGGUCACCCUUUUCGUCUCCCCCUACGGUUUCUAGAGUGAUGGAAAGGAAGAAGGGAGGAGGAGGGGGUGAUGAGAGAGCACUGUCAGGUGUGGAACUGGAGGAACUGGAUAAACAUUCCUCAGGCUUUAGGCUGCUCCCUUGUUAUCACCUUGGAGAAUUUUAGGUAUUUGUAUGAGUAAACCAGAAUGGUUCGGUGUGUUUAAUUUCAGUGGGGAAUACAAUGUGUUUCUUUGGGCUAUGGAAUCUGUAGCUCUAAUAUCAAAGGCAGACCACCACAUCAGCUAUAAUGCAUAUACAUGAGAAAUGUAUUAAGAAUUUCAGUAUUUUAGUGGUCUAUAUUAAAUGUUUUGUACAUGUUCGGUUUUGUGUAAGGUAUUUGUGAUUGCAGGUCCUCUUCAAACUAUAUGUACUGUACCUUCAUUUCUCAGUUGUUACCAUUUUGGUUUAUUGGACAUUUCCUGAAUAGUUCAUAGAAUAAAAAUGGAUCCAUUUACCAAUAGAGCAUGCAAUGCUUCAAUGUGCAUGUAAUCAAACAUCAUAUUGUAUGCCAGGGCUACAUGGAUGAGACACUUGUCCCACUCACAAGGGUAUUGGGGCUGUCUUGGCCAGCUGAUCGAUGAGCGUUCAAUUAAAACGUUCCACCAUCCCAUCACAUUGCAGAUGAUAGGGGCUGGUCCUGGUUUUCUUAACUCCCAGCAACUGGCAAAUGUCUCCAUCCACCAUCCAAAGAACACUCAAACUACAAUAUCUAAAAAAGUCCUAUACGGUGCACCUGAUCCUUACAGAGUGUAAACUACCUAUCCAUCCACCCAUGUAUGCAGAGGAAGGCAGAGUGGGGUGGUUUUGAACUAGGCUGGAAAAAAUGUAACACUCCAGUGUCAGACAGCAAACACAGGAUCGGUCCCAGUCUCUGGCCUCCACACGGUCAUCUACCCAUCCAUCUGACCAUGACUGGAAGCAGCUGGAAAUAACUCCUACAUGCGUGUACAUACAUACACACACACAUAUAUCCAGAAUGUCACAGGUCAGUACUUCAGAUGGUCACGAGGCUAGUCUACAUGGGGAAUGGGACAUAAUUUAUGUCUGUGUAUUCUGCAUAAGGCCCUUCUUUGUAGAAAUGAUUUUAUUGGGAGCUGUAUUAUCCAACUCGGACUACUGGAGCAGGUUGAGGUUGGACACAUGAAGGGUUAACCACAUGCAAGCAGACGAGUAGAGCACAAAGCAAAGAAGCGUGUUCCCUACAGACAUGUAAUUCCCUAAUCAUAUUUAAACAUUUGAGCAAUUCAGCAGACGCUCUUAUUCGAAGCAGCAAUGUUUUGGUUACUGGCCCAAUAAUCCUAACCACUAGUCUACCUAGCCGCCUCAUGGCCUGAGACCACCUCUGGCAUUCUUGGUAUUCAUCCUGAAUGUAGUUAGCUACCUUGAAUGGCCAAGUCUAGUAUAGUCAGGCCCACAGAGCACUGGGUGUGCUUCAGAAUUGUUUAUCAAACCUGGCUUCUCGUAGCCAUAGACUAGAGGAUUUGUGUGCGACGGGCUGGAAUGAACACAGAUCCUUCCUUGUUUGGAACCUAAUCUGAGUGGUAAUGUAGGUUAGUGUUCUUUUGGGAGACUGGCCAGCCCUAUAACCUCCCUCCUGUCCUGACUCCUGUCAGUCCUGUGCCUACAAAACAGUGGACAACAUUAUAAAAACCGGCAGACUUUAUUAACAAAUUGUCCAACUUCAUCGGUAUAGGACAGAACUUAAAACCAGGGAAAUGCACUGUUAUUCUGUGACAUGGCAUAAUCAGAGAUGAAAGCAAAAGGACCUCCAUACAUUUAUACACAAGAACAUAAUUACAAAACAUAUUUUAUCAUCAUAAUCUUAAUCAUAUGUUAUAGUCAUUGUUAUAGUAAUUUAAUUUUGACUGGAUGAAAGCUUUUGACAGACUAAAUUAACAGUAAGUAUUGAUAGAUUGAACUACUCAACAGAAUUCAAUGCUGUCUUGAGACAGGAGCGCUGGUAUAAAAAAAAAAUAAAGUUCUCCCAAACUAGGUGUCUUUGUUGGAGUGUUUCCCUUUCCCAAGUCUGGCGUGUGACAGCUUUGAGGGGCGCAUGUACACACACCUCUGCUCAGUUUGAAGGGGAGUUAAGAGUAGGCUAGCGGCUUCUAGUGUGUGUGUGUGUGUGAUAUAUAUAUAUUAAUGUAUGUGGGGGAUCCCCAUCUGGGAUUUUCAGAGUAGGCACACAUUGACAAAUCUACCUUUUGCAUGGUUACAGCGGAGGCCAUUUAAAUUACAUUUAUCAAUUGUUUUUACAAGCAAGGAGGGAAGCGCUCACAGCUCACACCAAUUCAAGAACAAGGCAAUGACAUAGUAGCAAUGAGGGGAAAACUCUACAGACUCAUUUACAUGGCAUGACAGUUUGUUUUGAGAAAGCGAUUGUUGAAUCAUCAUGAGAACGUGUUUGAACUCCUCCUUGAGAGGGCUUUCCUCUGUUUGGAUUGGUUAAAGUUUAGAUCCCACCUGAACAAGUACUUUAGAGUUCAGUAACUAAAACCGAGCCAAGACACUCCUGGAGUGACAACAUCCAGCCCCUCCCCCAAACUCGUCCCCAGCACCACCCGCUUCCCUUAACCUAGCCUCAGCUAACAGGCUUCGCUCAAAGGUAAGGUGAAAGGCUGUGGCUACUCUUAACCUGGUCUAACAACAGGGUACUUCACAGGCAAUGAAGAAAAAGGCAACAAGAGAACAAUCAAAUCAAAAAAGGACUCACCAACUUUGACCAUUAGUAAACAAAUAAAUAAGGCUAUGAGCAAACAAUAUCAAUAUAUAUAUAAAUAUAUAUAUGGGUAUUGGUAUAUAUAUAUAUAUAUA